AUGAGCGAUCCGGACAUGGAGAACUUCCACGAGGAUUCCAGUCUCUACUGCAGCAUUGAAGCGGCAGCGCCGGCAGUCGAAGGGCCUCUGAGUUGGCCCUUUCAUCACGUGUUGUUCACCUCGAGUUCGUAUAGCGGCCGCUGCAGAUCUGGUUUGAUGUUGACAGUAGCAGCAGUUCGUCACAGGUUGUUCAAUAAUAAUGUCGUCCUGCUGCAAGAGCUAGGUUGGGUUGACAGUGCAAUAUCCACUCCUCAUGCCCCGCGGAAUGCGACUGGUCUAAUUAACCCUUCGGGGGCAUCUGCAUUGGCCUGGGAUUUUUGGUCUCGGCCGCCAUUGUCAGUAAUACCAGGCAGCAGAGUUCCCCCGCUGGGUGGUGCCGUGGAAAGUCGCUUUCGGUUGACCGUGAAACAUGAUCCGAGUCGGAUGGGCGCAUUCCGGCAUUGCAAGAAGAGAGAGAGAGGGAGGCAUCACCCGAGAUGCUCUGAUGGAGCCAUGAAUCCGACCAGGGGAAGUGGCCUCACCGUCAUUCCUGCCCGUCAGUCUUAA